AUGUCAGAUGAUUACAAAGAAUGGCAAAAUCGCUACGACUCACUAAACGAAGAAGCAUGGGAUAACAGCAGGCGUGACGAUGCCGACCCCGAGAAAUGGACAAAGCAGCAAGAGCGAAACCAAGCUGGGAAUAUGCGCUUAGCAGCAGAGCAGGAGCGUAUCGGCCGCGAAGAAGCCCGCGAUGAGUGGGAUGAAGAUGCAAACGACGGACACGACGAGCGGAUUGAGAAAGUCAAAGCCAACGAACAGCUUGCUGCAAAUCAGUUGGCUCACUUAGAUGGAGAGUAUGAGUAUGCAACACCAAUGCAGGAUGGUGAUGAGGAUUUGCAUAAGAAAUUAGAGGAAGAGAAUAAUAGGCACUGGCAGGAUCGAUAUGCCCAAAACGACGAUAAAGAGGAAGGUGAAGAACACAAUAAUAGCGAGGAGGGGAGUGGUAUGGAUCUUGUUGACGAGGAUAGCGAUUAG